AUGGAUUUGCCUGAUGAAGAUACCAUUAGAAUUUUAAUUACGACAGAUAAUCAUGUGGGGUAUAAUGAAACAGAUCCAAUCACUGGUGAUGAUUCUUGGAAAACUUUUAAUGAGAUCAUGACUAUUGCUAAAAAAAACAAUGUUGAUAUGAUUGUCCAAUCUGGAGACUUAUUCCACAUUAAUAAACCCACUAAGAAAUCAUUGUAUCAAGUAAUGAAAUCCAUUAGAUCUAAUUGCUUGGGCAAUAGACCAUGUGAAUUGGAAUUAUUAAGUGACCCUUCGAAAGUUUUACAAUAUAACGAUUUUACAAAUUUGAAUUAUGAAGAUCCUAAUUAUAAUAUUUCUAUUCCAAUAUUUGGGAUAUCAGGGAAUCAUGAUGAUGCAUCAGGUGAUAAUCUUUUAUCUCCAAUGGAUAUUUUACACGUUUCUGGGUUAUUAAAUCAUUUUGGAAAAGUUACACAAACAGAUAAUAUUCAAUUAACUCCUUUAUUAUUUCAAAAAGGUAUAACAAAAUUAGCAUUAUAUGGUAUAGCAGCAGUUAGGGAUGAACGUUUAUUCAGAACUUUUAAAGAGGGAAACGUUAAAUUUGAAGUGCCUACAAUGCAAGAAUCGGAAUGGUUUAAUAUGAUCUGCAUUCAUCAAAAUCAUACACAACAUACAAAUACUGCAUUUUUACCUGAGCAAUUCUUACCUGAUUUCCUAGAUUUGGUCAUUUGGGGUCAUGAGCAUGAAUGCAUUCCUAAUUUAGCAUUUAAUCCAAACAAAAAUUUCAACGUCUUACAACCUGGCUCAUCAGUAGCAACUUCUUUAUGCGAUGCAGAGGCAAAAGAAAAGUUUGUAUUUAUAUUAGAAGUGAAAAAUGGAGAAAAACCAAAUUUAAUCCCAAUUAAAUUAAAUACAGUUAGGACAUUCCUUAUGAAAAAUAUCUCUUUAAGUGAUGUCCCAUAUUUAAGACCUCAUGAUAAAGAAUCAAUUUCCAAAUAUUUAACUCAACAGGUAGAAAUAAUAAUUGAAGAAGCAAAUGAAAUUACUAAGAAAAACUUACAAUCCCAGAUGAGCGAUGAUGCUACUAUAAAUUUUGAUCUAAGUCAAGAUAGCAAUGCUAAUGAAGAUGAGAAUGAAGAUUUAUUGAAAGAAUUACCGUUACCAUUAAUUAGGUUGCGAGUUGAUUAUAGUUCUCCAGUAAAUGCUCAAUCUGAUAUAGAUUUUCAAGUAGAGAAUCCACGUAGGUUUAGUAAUAGAUUUGUAGGGAGAGUGGCAAAUAGUAAUAAUGUGGUACAGUUUUAUAAAAAAAGGAAACCGCAAUCAUCAGCUUCUAAGAGAAAUUCAAAUAAGAAAAAGAUCCUAUCUGGGAUGGAUAUGAAUAAUGAAGACAUUGAAAGAAUUUUAAACGAGUCAGGUGCUGAUAACGAAUUACAAGUUCAGACUUUAGUUAAUGAUUUCUUAAGUAAAAUGCAAUUAUCUCUAUUACCAGAAUUAGGUAUGAAUGAAGCUGUUAAGCGUUUCGUUGACAAAGAUGAAAAACAUGUUUUAAAAGAAUUCAUUGAUCAAGAAAUUGAAAAUGAAUCCAAUAUUUUAGCUAAGAGCAAAGAUUUCAAUUAUAAUGAAGAUAUUGAAGAAUUAAAGCACUUAAUGAAGCAAGUUAAACAAGCUAAUAUAAAUACUAAACAAACGAAUGAAUUAAAUGGUAAAACUGCAAAUACAACAUCCAAUACUAAAUAUACCUCUGUGAAGAAAGUUGAUUUGGACGAAGAUUUUGUUAUGAAUUCAAAUUCUAAUGCAGAUGAUAAUUCUUUGUCUGGUAUUGUUAGCAAUUCCUAUUCUUCAGAAUCAAUUACAAACAUGGAAGAAGAUGAACUUACGUCAAAAAUAAACGGAACACGUACUAAUAUAAGUUCCAAUUCAAAAUCUUUAAGAUCAACAAAUGUGCCUGCCGAAAAUUCUGCACAGAAGAAAUCACGUUCUAGAACUACUGGUAAUACUUUAAGGAAACCUACAUCUAAACCUGUAACAACCAAAAAGAAAGUUUCACCGAUCUCUGAUUCAGUUGUAAUCUCAGAUGAGAGUGAUUUAGGUCCCGACGAAUUUAUUUCGCAGCUUGAUAAUACAUAUGGUGCUCAGAAUAAUAGCCAAUUCAAUGUAGCUUCUAGUGAAUUUGAUGAUGAUCCAAUAGAAUUAAGUGAUAACGAUAAUUAUAAUCCACCUCCAUCUAAUAAACCAAAACCCGCAAAGAGAAUACCAACUACUAGAAAGAAGUCUACAACAACAUCUAAAUCUAGUAGGUCAACUUCAUCUCGUACACCUAAGACAGAUGUUCUACAGAGUUUACUAAAUCGUAAACGAAGGUAA